AUGGUGGUGUGGGCAGGCGGUUUUACAAAACGAAGAUCGCUAAAACCACAACAGCCAGUGGAAGGUGGCGGCGGCGAGUGGGUGUGGUCUCAGUCUCUGAGAACUGAGAAGGGCGGUGGUGGCCAGCUCAAGUCGUGGAUUGUAGCUGGAAUGUCCGAAGCGGUUGGCGAAAUGGACCGUAACCGGUGGGAAAACCCCAUGGACAUUUUACGAUUUCCCAGCAUCCACCGACCCGACAAGACGCUGUAG